AUGUCCAACCGCUUGACUGACGCUGUACUCGCUACCCAAAGUGCCGCCGCCAUUGACGCUGAACUCGCCAUCCUGACGGAUUUGUGGAACCGCUUCAAUUCGACUCACAAGAGGCUAUACGAAGACGUACCUGAGAUCACUACCAACGAAUAUCAUACAGGUAACGCUUAUGAAACCGCUAACGUUGCUUAUACCUCUCUUAGAGUGAGACUCAGCGCUGCUAGACCCGCUCCAGAACCUGCUCAUGAAGUUCAGCCCGCUAAUCAUGAUCAGACCGCUUACUUUGGUGGAGUGCACAAGUCUAACUUGCCACAAAUCAAGCUGCCAACUUUCCAAGGGUCGUAUGACGAGUGGGACUCGUUCAAGGACUUGUUCACGUCACUAGUCAUCAAUGAAGAUUCGCUAACUGGGUCUCAGAAGAUGCAUUACCUGAAGACGCAGGUAAAAGGUGAGGCCGCUGCACUACUCGCGAAUCUCCAGAUCACAGAUGACGCUUUCCAACCCGCUUGGGAGUUGCUGAAUACUCGCUACACAAAUCCACGUCGAUUGCUCGAUAUGCAUAUCGAUGAUUUGCUGGAUCGCCAACCGCUAACUUCACACUCUGCUGCUGAUUUGGAUGCACUGUUACUCGCUAACAAGAAAUCGCUGGACGCUAUCGCUGCAUUGGGAAUUCCAAUUGGUGAGUUGGACCCCUUUUUAAUUCGCUUGACUAUUCGCUGUUUACCUUCAGAUUUGAGAGUAGAAUGGAUGGCUUCGCUUGGGUUAUCCAAUGAGUUUCCCACUUACUAA